CCCCUCAGAUUCGCCUUUUACUUUUUGACAAUGUAAACAAUAAGACAGCUUGAACCGCUUCAAAUUGGUGUUAAUUUUAAAUGCGCAUAGCAGAGCAAAAGGAACGGAAAAACUGACCUACCUCAACCUGCACCAGAAGGGUGUGGCAACUGAAGGAAGGAAGGAAAAUGGAAAUGAAAAUUGACCAAACCCACCGAAGCAUAUAUAAGUUCUUUGCCUAAUUGUACCUGACAUCAGAUCAUAAAAAGCAUUUCAGCCACCAGCAUUCCGCCUGCCAACCAUCACUCACAGGAGAUCCAAAAUGUUCAAGAUCAUCGCUUUGGUUGUCUGUUUGGCCGUUGUUGCCUCCGCAAGAUACCUUGCCGUAGAUCACGGUCAUCAUCACGAGGAUUACCAUCAUUCGCACCCGAAGUACAAGUUUGAGUAUGGAGUUAAGGAUAGCCACACCCACGAUCACAAGAGCCAGUGGGAACACCGCGACGGAGAUGUCGUAAAAGGACAGUACACUCUGGAUGAGGCCGAUGGCACUCACCGUGUGGUAGAUUAUAGCUCGGACCACAAUGUACAGUAUACAUGA